AUGGCGCUCUGUCAGAACCGGCUACAGGAGGAGCGUAAACAAUGGCGCCGUGACCAUCCAUUCGGAUUCUUUGCGAAACCCCAACGUAAUGCGCAAGGUGUUCUCGACUUGAAGGUGUGGGAGUGCGGCAUACCAGGAAAAGACAAGACGCUCUGGGAGGGCGGGUUAUUCAAGAUGAGCGUCAUCUUCCCCGAUGAGUAUCCUACAAAACCACCAAAGUGCAAAUUCGUUCCUCCUCUUUUCCACCCGAAUGUGUACCCAUCCGGUACGGUCUGCCUGUCCAUCUUGAACGAAGAAGAGGGCUGGAAGCCGGCGAUUACCAUCAAGCAGAUCCUGCUUGGUGUGCAGGAUCUUCUCAACGACCCAAACCCAGAUUCGCCAGCUCAGGCCGACGCAUACAACCUGUUUAAGAAAGACCGGGCUGCUUACGAGACGAAGAUCAAGAGGAUUGUGCGGGAGAAUCCAGCUCCUUAG